AUGCCGCUUGUCGCACUGAACCCACAGCCGAGAGUGAUUCUUGGGGCGAUGACCUUUGGCCCCAAUGAGUCCAAAGGUGCCCGGAUCACUUCACUCGAUGAAUACAACAAAUGCCUUGAUUACUUCCAACAACAGGGAUUCAAUGAGCUUGACACUGCCCGAAUUUAUGUUGGUGGACAGCAGGAAGCAUUCACCGCACAGGCAAACUGGAAGUCGCGUGGCCUUACGAUUGCCACAAAAUGGUACCCUCAACAAGCCGGUGACCACAAACCGGAUGUUCUUCGCAAGAAUCUGGAGCAAUCGCUGAAAGAACUCCAAACUGACAUGGUCGAUAUCUUCUAUCUUCAUGCGGCAGACCGGGCGACCCCAUUUGCUGAAACCCUAGAAGCCGUCAACCAAUUGCACAAGGAAGGCAAAUUUGUACAGCUUGGUCUCAGCAACUUUACCUCCUUUGAGGUAGCGGAGAUUUGUAUUCUCUGUGCUGAAAGAGGAUGGGUUCGUCCCACUAUCUUCCAAGCUAUGUAUAACGCUAUAACACGCAAUAUUGAGACCGAACUUAUUCCCGCCUGUCAACGGUACGGUCUUGACAUUGUCAUCUACAACCCCCUUGCUGGUGGUCUCUUCUCUGGCAAAUAUAAGCUGGAAGAUCUUCCCACAGAAGGCAGAUACAGUGACGCCGCCUCCACCGGUCCCAACUACCGGAAGCGUUAUUUCAGGGAUGCAACCUUCGAAGCUCUGAGCAUCAUCGAGCCAGUCACCCAGAAACAUGGUCUGACUCUAGUGGAGACAGCCUUGCGCUGGGUCCACCACCAUUCAGCCCUGCGAAUGGACAAUGGUGGUCGUGAUGGAGUACUGGUCGGAGUUAGCAGCUUCGGUCAGCUUGAGACCAACCUUGCUGAUCUUCAAAAGGGACCUCUCCCCGAGGAGGUUGUGAAGGCGCUUGAUCAAGCUUGGCUGGUUGCUAAGUCUAACUCUCCCAACUAUUGGCACUUGGAUCUGAAGUAUACUUAUGACACCCAGAAGGCUGUAUUUGGACCAAAGGAGUAA